AUGAUUAAGUACGAGCAAGAUCCUGAUGUUGUUCGGUGGGGUCUCCAGCUUUUCGACACUGAUCCAUAUCCUAAUUAUGGAUGCUGUGGUUCCAUUUUGCAACAAAAUAUAGACUAUUUUCCUGGACACUACCUUAAAGAAUAUAACUGUGGCACAGAAUCCAGCAACGCAGAAAACCAUGAUCUCUCAGUAAACUGUCUACAGGAAGAACUAUUACGACUUUCAGUCACAGAACAAUCUAAAUCUUUCCAGGAGGGUGCAGACCAUUCACAGACAUCUUUCUAUUCUCCGGAUUGGUUUGCUCAGUCACCGGGAACUUAUACUUUCGGAAAUGGGAAUUGCCAAGAAGCAACUGAUUUAGAAGUAUCUGCUUCAUAUUCUAGCCCAGAGGGAGAGUCAUAUUGUGGGGAGGAGUGGUCAUAUUCACUGGACCUAAUGGACGGGAAUGCUUUAGAUGGUGAAUUGGGCAAAAAAUUGAACCAGAUGGUUCCUAUUCCCCAUAUUCCUAGAAUUAAUGGUGAAAUACCCUCAAUCGAUAAAACAACGUUAGAUCAUCAAAGGCUUCUGGACAGAUUACUGGUGUAUGAGCUGGUAGAAUUUAAGGUUCGAGGCGAUGGAAACUGCCAGUUUAGAGCUCUAUCAGAUCAAAUUUAUCGUACUCCUGAGCAUCACAAGUUUGUUCGACAACAAGUUGUAAAUCAGCUCAAGUCUUGCCCAGAGAUAUAUGAAGGAUACGUACCAAUGGCUUACGAGCAAUAUUUGAAAAAGAUGUCCAAGAGUGGCGAAUGGGGUGAUCAUGUUACUUUGCAGGCUGCUGCAGAUUCGUAUGGUGUAAAAAUACUUGUCAUAACAUCAUUCGAGGAUACCUGUUACAUUGAGAUACUUCCAAACAUUCAAAAGUCUGAACGAGUUAUUUUCUUGAGCUUUUGGGCUGAGGUUCAUUACAACUCAAUAUAUCCUGAAGGAGAUUGUCCGACAUUGAAGACGACGAAGAAGAAGAGGUGGCUGGUUACUCCAGAUGUGCAUUUGGAACCACCGGACGAUUACAAUUUGGCAGAAUGGUAA